AGGUGGCAGCGGUGCCUAUAGCAAAAGCUGAAUGUAGAAGGCGACGCACGUCACCACUCUGGCUGCGGCCCCCUCUCUAUGGUCGCACGUGCGUAUGUAAUGCCCAGACUGCUUCCUGCUCUGUGGAGGAUUUAUUGUGCUCGUUAUUAAGUGAAAUCUCUACUCUGGUGCAAUGGGCCCCAAAAGGGAGAACAAUCGCAACUGGAACAGAAAGUACCAAGGACGACGCUUUCAUCAAAGGUUUCCAUCUGAGGCAUCUCAAAGCUCCACCGAGUCAAACAUAAUGGAUAGAACUUCAUCUGCCAGCUCUUCCCAAGCAUCCGCUGUUCCAGAGCUUCCAGGGUUUUACUAUGAUCCAGAAAAAAAUCGCUACUUCCGCAUGCUCCCAGGCCACAACAAUUGCAACCCUCUAACAAGGGAAGGCAUACAGCAAAAAGAAAUGGAAUGCAAAAGACUUCAGCUCCUUGAAGAAGAGAAGAAUAGAAAACAGAAAUUUGUCAGACCUGGAUUAAAUCCUGCUGUGUUGCUGAGAAAAAGACAGCUUGGAUUGGUGCCUUUCACAACAUAUUGUAGGAGGAUCCAUGAAAUGAAAGUGAGCUGUAUGCAAAGAAAAGUGGUGAACAUAAACAGCCCAGAGAGAGAAGGGGGAAGAGUACGCAGGUUUGAAUUCAUAAUGGCAGAUUCAGCCUCUGAGAGAAUAUUUGCAGUGAAUGAUGGGGAGUAUGGAUUUUGCAAAUACGGCCUGCUAAAUCUCAAUGGACUAUGGAAGGAAGCACCCACAGUAGAGCGCCAAGAUCACACAUACAUCUCACACCAGAAGGUGAUUGCAGCAUGUUGGGCAUCAGUGACUGGACCUGACUCUCACAUUCUUGUUUGCCUCCUGGAAGCCGAAGAGACUAAAGGCUGCCUCAGUCUUAUUCCAGCUUGCAUAUUCAGGAAUCUUGAUGACUCUGAGGAUGACUGCUCAGCGAUACUCUACAAAGUGAAAAUCUCCGAUGUUUGGUCAUGUGCGUGGUGCUCAAACCCUCAAAUGGAGAGUAGCUAUUCUGCAGGACUAAAGCGGCAGAUCUGGUUAAUAAAUGUAAUUCCGGACAUCCGCAGCACUUUCAUAACAAAUAGUGAUGUAUUGGCUCAGCAGUUUGCUACUAAGACAUUGCUGCUGUACAAUGGUUUGCGCUCAGGAGAGGUUUUCUCCCUUGACUUCCGUGUACCUACCACAUGCCCAGCUUCCUUCAGAAAGGCCACGUCUUUCACUCAGAACUCAGCUAUCACCUCUUUACGUCUUCUCCAGGAUGAAAACUACUUGAUGGUGUCAGACAUGUCGGGGCAGAUUAAACUGUGGGAUGUGAGAAUGCAGAAAAGUGUGAAGCACUACAAGGGGCACAAUAACAGUUAUGCAAUUCUACCAUUACACGUGAAAGAAGAUGAAGGGUUACUAAUGGCAGUUGGCCAAGACUGUUACACACGAAUCUGGGACCUAGAGGAUACCAGGUUGCUGAGGACUAUACCUUCCCCACAUCCAGCUGCAAAGGACUCCAUUCCCAGUGUGGUUUUCUCUCCUUACCUAGGAAUAAAGGGACACAAGGUCCCUGGCCUGCUCAUGGCUGUCAACAGAGACAUGUAUUUGUAUAGCUAUAACUCCAGUAAUCUUUGAUGUGAACGGAUUCCAGUGCCACAAUGUAAUGUUUCCAGUACAGUAUCUUAUGAUAAACAAUUGGGACACUGAA